AUGUUCUAAGGAGAAGAUGUAGAUUUCUUAGAAGAAAUGUAUAAAAUAAAAGAAAUUGGAAAGAUAGGUGAAGGUAGCUUUGGAAAAGUGUACAAGGCUAUAGAUUUGAUAGAUAAUACAGAAUGUGCUGUCAAGGUUAAAUAUUAUUGUAAUAAUUAUUAAGGUUGUAUCUAAAACACUUUUUAAGGAUGCAUAAGUUGAGUCAGAUAUUUAUUAGUAGUUAAAUCAUCCUCAUAUCGUUUAAUGCAAAAGAGUACUUUAGCAUUCUUAUGAAGAUUACAGAAAAUAAAAACUAAUUUUUUUUAAUUAUGGAAUUAAUGAAAGGUGGAACCUUAGCUUAACGCAUGAAAGAAGACCACUCAGAUCAAGAAUUAUCCAUGAUAAUGAAAGGAAUUCUAUUAGCUGUUCAUUAUUUACAUGAAAAAAGAAUUAUUCAUAGAGACUUAAAACCAGAAAAUAUAAUGUUUGCCACUAAUGAUAUUAAAACUGUCAAAAUUGCAGAUUUUGGGUUAAGUUUCAAAUUUGCAUCUGAAGGCAUGUUUUACAGCUUAUUAAAUAAAAAAUGUGGAACCAUUAUUUAUAUGGCACCUGAAUAAUUUAAGGAAAAAUUUGUAUUCAAUUGCAUUAAAUAGAUAGUAUAGUAAAUAAAUUGAUUCAUGGAGUUGUGGAGUUAUUAUGUACAUGUUAUUGAAUUCUGGUUAGCAUCCCUUUUAUAAUAAAAAUGAAACAAGAGAUUAAGUGAUUAAAAAAAUUAUGAAUCCAAUAUGGCACUUUUCAGAUCAUAUGAAUCCUUUAGCAAAAGAUCUUAUAUAAAAGUUGACUACUAUUGAACCAAUAGAAAGAUAUAGUGUUGGAUAGGCAUUAAUUCAUCCAUGGAUAACUCGUAAUUUCUAAGACAAAAUACCCUUGACAUAUAAUGAACAAAUCUCUUAAUUUAUUAAAGAUCAAUAAAUUAGAAAUGUAACAACAAUAUUUAUUCUAUCUAGUCUUUUAAGUUACUCUUCUUUUUAUAAUACCUAAUGAAGAAUUGUCCCAUUCAAUAACCCUAUCCAGAUGAUGAGAUCUUAUAAAAAUUGAGUGACAAGAAAAAAUAAUAACAACAAUAUCAAUCUUUACCAAAUCCUAAAUUAUAAAAAUAAAGAGUUUUUUCAAAUAAUCAUAAAAUAAAAAAUUUAAGAUCGACAAGUCCUAAAGAUUAAAAAUAAAGAUCAAAAUCAAAGCCAAAGACUUCAUUUGAAAAUUUAAACACUCUAGAAGAUUAAAAAUUUACUAUUGCUUCUUUUAAAAAAUGUUUUUAGUCAAAAACCUCAACCAGACCUAAAACAUUUGAAGAGGCAUUGAAUGAAAAUUCAGUCAAAUCGAGAUAAGUUAUCAAACAAAAAUUAGAGUUGCCUCCAUUAAAAAAAAAAUGA